AUGGGAAUCCCUUGUGCUAAACAGCACCCUUAAUAGCCUGCCUAAGCAGUGUAAAAUUAACACGAUUUCCAAAAUCUGUUGGAUAAGAAACAAAGAAACUCUUUAGAAGUGGAGGAAGAAAACAAGGAACAAAAAUAUACUAAAAUUGAUGUUGCUCAAAAUUCAAUCGAUUUGAAUAAGAAACGUUAUUCAAGUAGAGAUAUGUCCAUCAUAUCAAAAUACAUUGAAAAUGAACUAAAAAACCAAUCUGUUAAACUUGAGAGACUUACUAUCGACAUGAGAGAUCCAUCAAUGAGUGUUAAGGGUGGAACAGUAGUAUAACGCAAAGAAAUCUCGCAAGAUCUGUAUGAAGAGGAUGAUAGUCACGUGUGUUACACAAUCUACACCAAUCCGAAAUAUAAACGCUUGAAAAGUAUAAAUGAACACACUAUGAUUCUGUUGCAUCUGAACGAAAACAAGGAAUAUUUGGAUUUGUUAUACCGAGUUACUAAUGAUUAUCAUUUCACUAUUGAACAUUUAGAUGAAUUCAAGGAUAUAUUAACUAGAUCAUAGGAUAGUUUCCUCUAAAAUUUAUUAAUCUCUGAAAAAUAUAUAAAUGAAUAUGGAAUCUUUCAUAUAAUUAGAGAAGCAAUAAAAUUUAGCAAACUAGAAUUAAUUCUUUAGAAUGAUUAUACUCUAAAUUCAACAUAAUUGCAUUACAAUAAAUUGUUUGUUGAUAUAAGUUUAUUCCCAAUAAUUUUGGCCACUCAACACAUUUAGAUUUUUUCUAUUGAGUUCACACAAUCAAUUGUUUAAUACAAGAAAUUGACGAAUUCAAAUCAAGAUUUACUGAGAUUUCUAAACGAAAUAAAAUAAACUAUAGGAAAUGAUAUCUAAUUUUUAUCAAUUUCUCAGUAAAACUAAAAUUUGGUGUUAUCCUUCAUUAUCAAAAAGAUGCAAUCGCAUAAAAGUGUCAUGAUUUCACACAUCAAUACGGUUCUGAAUGGAAGACUUGGAUUUGUCGGUUGUAAUUCGUAGCCAUUGAUAAAGUAUGUUGGAUGUGAAUUAAGUGAUAUUGACCCUUGGAAUAAUAGAGAAUUCAAAGAGGAGACAAGAGCAGACAGUUAGUACUCAUUGCAAUAUGGAUGGAAACUAUUUGGUUUGAAUUUCAAGUAGUACAAUAUUUCUAAUAUAGGAUUUAUCUACUAUAAUCCAAAUCAUAUGUACAAACAGAAUAUAAGAAUCUAUUCAUUGAGUGACAUCAACAAAUAUUCUAGCCAAUUCGAGUUGAUCGAUAUCAAGGUCUAUUGUGAAAAGAAGCAAUACAAAAUAUUGUUUCAAGUAACAUAUUAAGAUGACGAUUUAAUUAUCAUAGAUAACAUGGCAUAUCUCAAUACUUUGAUGAAUUCAAGAUUGACAGGGAUUUUAGUAUACGAUGCUGAAAAGCAUAUGAAAUAUUGA